GGGAGCUGCGCAUAUUAACCUCAGUCUCUUCACAAUAUGUAGACUGCAACUUCGCAAAUAAUCAAUCAAUGCUACAUGAUUGUGAAAUAGGGAUACGUAUACAAUCUAGCCUUUUCACUGCCCGACUGAUGUUGCUAUAAGCAAAGCAAUAUGAGUAGUGUAAAUUGGGUUAACCCUUAAACUCAACUUACCUGAUAUGCCAAUGGUAAGAUACGACCGGAUGUCGUUGGAUCUCUCCACACAAUCCGACGACUGCCGAUCCCGGACCACAAGCGGGGAGACGGUGCCUCGCCACGUUACGUGGGACUCUCCGGAACCCCCGCAAGAACAUUGACGCUAGAUAGUUGGAGAGGCAGAUUCUAUGUCUAGCUUAGGGCGCGCGGUAAAACUCAGGGGGUCACGGAUCAUAUCCCACCUCCAUCUACACAAUUCAUAGAAGAAGGACGCCUAUUGAAGGGAAUACGAUAACUUGGACUGUGGUUCAAAGUAGCGCGUCUUGCUCAUUGACUAUCUAGUUUGUCUAGCUUCUCAGCUGUCUUGACUAUGGCACCUUCAGCAACAACUCAGGUUGUGCAGGCCACACAGCCAACUCCUUUAGAAGCGAUCUCACACGGAAAGGUGAUGCCAGGGAUCCCGAGCUUCCCAACAUUUGGCGCCGAACGACGCCACAUAUUGACGCACAUGGCGGCGACGUUCCGCUUCUUUUCGCGCUGCGGGUUUACCGAGGGCCAAUCCGGGCACAUAUCGGUGCGAGACCCAGAAUACCCAGAUCUGAUGUGGAUGAAUCCGCUCGGCCGACACUUCGGCAUGUUGACGGCUGGCGACAUGAUAUGCCUCGAGAUCGAGUCGGGUCGCGUGGCUGGUGGUAAUACGUCGCGACCUGCGAAUGCGGCUGGCUAUCUGAUCCACUCGGCCGUGCACAAGAGGCGGCCAGGCGACGUUCACGCCGUGUGCCACGCCCACACCAUCGCAGGACGUGCGUGGAGCGCCUUCGCGCGACCCCUGGAGAUGCUCAACCAAGAUGUGUGCAACUUCCACAGUGCGCACGCAGUGUACGCGCGGUAUGGUGGGAUCGUGUUCGGUGCGGAGGAAGGCGAGCACAUCGCCGCAGCCCUUGGUGAUAGCAACAAGGGCGUUAUUCUCAUGAAUCAUGGCCUGUUGACCGUGGGCGCGACCGUUGACGAGGCAGGGUUCAUGUUUGGGCUCAUGGACCGCGCCUGUGCCAUGCAGCUCCAGGUGGAGGCUGCCGCUGCCAACGGCUUGCCGAAACGCAUUAUCAGCGACGAGGAGGCCUCGUAUAAUUUCAAGAUGGCCAGUGAGAAGCACGUGCUUUACCGCGAGGCGCAGCCUGAUCUCGAGUUCGAGUUUGAGAUGGCGGGCGGAGAGGACGUGCUCGCUAGGGGCUUUGAUACCCUCCAUCCUCUUAGUAUAAGUAAAUGAGAGCUGUGUAUGUGCGCGUCUUUGCCUACCUUUUCGCAAACAUGUGUGUGAGUGUGUAUCUGUGUAUCUGUGUAUGUCGAUCUGACUUGAACCGUCUUGGAGCCUGUCAUCUCUCACGCAACAAGGUGCGUGAUAUAUUCUCGUGACGAGCAAUAAAGGUGGUGUACAGCAGAGCCGGAUAGACGCAUUAUUCCCGCGUCACCGUCGAUCUGUGACGACGGUUUCGUUGUGGAGGGGAGUAUACGUAUGUGAAUUACUAUCCACCUACCUCACCUCCUCCAUUGGAUGCACACCAGACGUGCUUGAAUAUCACCUAGGUACAUUCACGGCCGAUAACAGAAGCAAAUAUACACACACAUACAGCAAGGGCGUCGCCAUUCUUUGCUGGGUAGUUGACACACCGAGCCGGUUCUCUCCUUUCUAUCCUGUGGCUAAAUCAUCUGCCUACUCUUUCGCUUGUCGCAUCUUGCAUGUUUCCGAGAAGAAGCCUUGAUGUCGUGCAUGCCCGGGGAGCCACACCCGGAAGAUCUCGAAGCAACCUCAUGGGAAGCGGGGGGGGGGCCAGGAAGAAAUUUAACCGCAAUGACUGAUCUGAAGUGAACUGACAGAGUGACCGGACUGGACCAGUCUAGCACGUGAGGUACCGCAAGGCAAGCGAUAUUAUCGCAAUAUACAAUUAUCUACGUACA